AUUCACUCCAGCAUCUCCAUUAUCUCAUUCAAAAAGCGUAUAUAAUCUCCUCCAAGUUUCUUCAUUUCCCCGCUCCUCCUCCUCGGCCUCAUGGUGCCCAAGUUCGAGAGACCUCCAGUCACCCAAAUCAAUGUCCGAAUGGACUGCAAUGGAUGUGUUCACAAGAUCAAGAAGGCGCUACAUGGCAUUCAUGGUAUAUACCAUGUUCAUCCUGAUAUUGCUCAACAGAAGUUGAUUGUAAUAGGAAUGGCGGAUCCAGAAAUAAUAGUUAAGGCAAUUAGGAAAACUAGGAAGACGGCAACUAUCUGUUCUCAUUUAGAGCCAACAGAACCACCGCCUGAAGUUGGUUCAGCAGCUCUGGAGGGAGAAAAUCCGCCACCACCUGAAGAAAAACCAAAAGAUGAACCGCCACCGGAGAAUCCACAAUCGGAGCUGGCGGAAACUGAUGCCCAUGCCAACCAGAAACCACCACCGCAACCUUCUCCGCCGAAAGAUGUCGAUCUUAGCUAUGGAGGGCCCUGGAGCAGACACCACAAUAGCCAAAAUUUCCAGCAUGAAUUACCACCUCAACCUGCUGCCUUUGUAACUCACUGCUACAACACAUACAUGCCAUCACCAUAUGUGACAGAAUACCAAUAUGUUCAUUCACCACCACGGUACGUGCAAUAUAGUAGGGUUGGUCACUGCAAUGAGGACUAUCACAAUUAUUACAUCAAUGGCAGCAACAUCGAUAACAAUGGCAAUGGAAGUAUUGCAUCACUGUUUAGUGAUGACAACCCCAACGCUUGUACAAUAAUGUAGAUACAUAGUUUAUAUAAGAUUCUAUGCUUCCAAGUGUUGGAAGAAUGGAUUCUGCAAUUCAAUUGUGGGAAAGGUAUUAUGUGCAAUGAGGGCCAUUUCUUGUAAAACAAGAAUGUUCUGAAGAUAUUGCUAUAUUUUAAUUCAACAAAUCAAACUUUUCUGGCAGCCAACCAUCCAGUUUGCCAGGGCAUUGACACAUUGUCUAUAUCAACAAACAGCACAUGAUGUUGAAUGGUUUUGAGGAAAUUAAGAUUCGAGACUUGACCAGAGAUAA